AUGUUAUCGCUGUUCGUACGUACCCUUUGGGCAACUCUCUGCAUCUUAAGUGUUUCUGCCUUGCCUGUGGACCUGUCUAAGAUCUCAAACGACACUGAGGUUAAAAAAAUCCGAAGUGCUGCGGGAAUGGUGACGAUAGACGCUGAGUUCAACUCUUCUAUGUUCUACUGGUACUUCCCUCCAGUAAACGAGUCUCUUGAGACCAAUGAGGACACGCCUAUGAUCAUGUGGAUUCAGGGUGGCCCAGGAGCUUCUGGUUUCAUAGGAAACUUCUUUGAAGUCGGCCCUCUCGAUCUGAUCAACAACACAACUUUGGCCAGGAGGAAUGUCACUUGGGCUAACAACUACCAUAUGGUAUUCGUCGACAGUCCGGUUGGAACUGGAUAUAGCUAUACGGAUUCUGCUAAUGGUUAUGCUAAUAGCACUGAAGAUGAUGUUAACAAGCAACUCUACACAUUUCUCACUAAAUUCUACGACGACAUUGAACCCGAGUUGAGAGCCAAUCCCCUAUUCCUCGUUGGUGAGUCCUAUGCUGGUCAUUACAUUCCGGCCUUGGGCAAGUAUCUCUUUGAGCAUCCGAUCGAGGGAACCAAUUUUGCCGGUGCGGCUAUCGGCGAUGGACUAACCUUCCCUGCUUUCCAAGUCGCCGCUAAACCAGAUGUUGCCUACUACUUUGGUCUCAUUGGUCCCGACAGAAUUGAAGAGGCUCGUCGCUUAGGGCAAGAAGGCAAACGACUUGCUCUCCAAGAGAAGUGGGUGGAAGCUUCUCAUGCUCGAGAUCAGCUAGAGAAUCUCAUGUCCGAGAUGAGUGGUGGAUUGAAUCUCUAUGAUAUUCGUACGACUGAUGACUAUGGCUGGCAAGAUGAGCGUCUUGACUAUUUCCUCAACCUCCCUGAAGUCAAGGAAGCUCUGCAUGUGCCAGCUUCUAGAUCGUUCGGGACGGAAGAUGCUGUUGGUGAGCACAUGAGCGCUGAUAUCAUGAAGCCUAUGGUUCACUGUCUUCCCCCUCUUCUCAAUGCUAACAUAACGGUUAUGCUCUUCGAGGGAGAGAUGGAUUCUAAAGAUGGCCUGUUAUCGACGGAAGCCUGGAUUCCUGAGAUGAUUUGGGACGGGAUGGAUGAGUAUGCUAUGAGCCCUCGUCAUGUGUGGAAGGGAACUGAUGUGAGUUUAUUAUUAAUAUAUUAA